CAUAAGUUCAAAGUACCGAAAUUUGAAAAAUAUGACGGUACAAAGUGUCCCAAAACCCACAUCACCAUGUACUGUAGGAAAAUGGCAGCUCAUGCGCAUGAUGAAAAGCUAUUGAUGCAUGUUUUUCAAGACAGUCUUACUGGCUCUGCGGCCAGAUGGUAUGUUCAGCUGGACAGAACUCGUAUUCGCUCUUGGAGCGAUAUGGCACAUGACUUUAUCGGUCAAUAUCGACAUAUCAUCGAUCUGGCCCCUGAUCGUUUGUCUUUGCAGAAUCUGGAGAAAAAGUCAAAUGAAUCUUUUAAAGAGUAUGCUCAGAGAUGGAGGGAUGUUGCUUCCCAGGUACAACCUCCUCUAACAGAGAAAGAAACUACAGUGCUAUUUGUUAGCACUUUAAAACCUCCCUAUUAUGAAAAGAUGAUAGGGAAUGCAACAAAAAAUUUCGCUGAUAUGGUAAUCUCGGGAGAGAUCAUUGAGAGUGCCAUCAAAAAUGGCAAGCUAGGGAAUGAAGCAUCUAGCAAAAGAGUCCCGAAGAAAAAAGAAACUGAAGCUCAGGCUGUGAGCUUUGAUAGACAGCAGCUUAGAGGUUAUUCACCCUACCCACCACCAGAAUAUCUGCCAUAUCACCCUGCUGUAAAUAACACUUCUUUUCACCCAUACCAACCACCACACCCCCAAACCUAUCAAACCUCUCAUAGACCCCAAAACACCAUGUACAGUUCUAACAUUCAACCCACCCCAAAACCACAAAUUCGCCCAACUAACCCUGCUGGUGGCUCGCGGGAGCAACGAACCACUCGCGAAAGACCUAUUUUUGACCCUAUUCCCAUGACCUAUACGGAAUUAUACAAGGAGCUCUACAACAAUCAUUUGAUUGCUCCAAGUAAAUUGGAACCCCUCAAGCCACCUUACCCUAAGUGGUAUGAUCCCACUGCCCACUGUGACUACCAUUAUGGGGAUGGGAUGAUUUGCUUUGAUACUGGAGGGAUGACUGCACCAAAUGUUAGUGGCAAUCCUUUGCCAAAUCAUAAUGUGAAUGCUAUAGGUGAAGAGCAUGAGCGCCAUGUGAAGAAAGAAGUGGUAGAUAUUAAGACACCUCUCGAUCAGUUGUUUGAUGUCUUACGAAAGGCAGACAUGAUGCAACUGGUAAGUCCACACAGCUAUCAUGGAGCAUAUAUAGCUGGUACUAGUUGUAAGUAUCAUAGUGGGGCAAGAGGCCACUCCAUUGAGACCUGUAAACAAUUUCACCGAGAGGUGCAAAAACUCCUGAAUUCACAUCAGAUAGAGGUCUACGAAGAAAAAGAAAGCUUGAAGAAUGCUGAGGUGUGCAUGAAUGAUAGGCCUGAAAAGCUGUUUCCCAAACCAGUGACAAUUCGGUGUGGAAACAAACCAAAAUCAGUCAUAGACAAGCUCCUCCCUAGGCCGGUAACUUUUAAAGUCCCAACUCCUUUCCCAUACAAAGAUGAUAAAGCUGUACCCUGGAGAUAUGGAUGUGACGCUGUAGUGCAGGGGCAAAAAGAAGAGGUCUCCAAAGCCGAUGCUUCUAACAUUACUGGUGUAGGAGGCAUUACUCGAAGUGGGAGAUGUUACACCCCAGAAAUGCUAGAGAAGGCUAGAAGAGAGAAGGCUAAAGAAGGAGAAAGACGAAAUAAUCCAGAGAUAGAGCCUGAAGAAGAUCAGCCAAAGCCAGUAUCAGAAAGGGAGGUUUGUGAAUUCCUGAAGCUGGUAAAACAUAGUGAAUAUUCAGUUGUGGAACAGUUGAAUAAAAUGCCAGCUCGAAUCUCAUUGUUAUCACUGUUGCUGAAUUCAGAGCCACAUCGAAAUGCCUUGCUGAAAGUGUUGAAUCAGGCAUACGUGGCACAUAACGUGUCUGUCGAAUAUGUGAAUCACUUGGCUGGAAACUUAGUCAUGCCAAAUCACAUUUCAUUCAGUGAUGAUGAGAUUUCUUUGGAGGGAAAGAGAAAUGCUAAGGCCUUGCAUAUCACAGUAAAGUGCCAGAGCCAUAUCAUAGCUAAAGUCCUUAUCGAUAAUGAUUCUGCCAUCAAUGUCAUGCCUAUGUCAACUUUGGCAAGGCUACCCAUCGAUUAUUCUCAUAUGCGAGAUAGUCAGAUGAUUGUGAGAGCCUUUGAUGGAACCAGAAAAGAAGUCCUGGGGGAUAUUGAGAUGCCCUUACAAAUUGGGCCGUGCACCUUCAAUAUAACAUUUCAAGUGAUGGAUAUCUCUCCAUCCUACAGCUGUCUGUUAGGAAGGCCAUGGAUUCACAUGGCAGGAGCUGUACCCUCUACUUUGCAUCAAAAGAUCAAAUUCAAUGUGAAAGGUCAAUUAGUAGUGGUAGUUGGGGAGGAAGACAUGCUAGUGACCCAACCAUUGAACACUCCAUAUGUAGAGGCUGCCGAAGAAGCAUUGGAGUGCUCCUAUCGAUCUUUUGAAUUGGUCAAUACUGUAGGUGAAGGAUUUCAAAGUCAGCCUUUUUCAAAGAUAGUGGUGAGCCAAGUCAUCAACAAAGGCUGGUGUCCAGGACUUGGGCUAGGCAAAAAUUUGCAGGGAAUUAAAGAACCUCCGACAAUAGCGGACAAUAGCGACAGGGCAGGCUUAGGAUACGAGAUGGCCAGAGUGGGAAGUCAAAAGAAGGCCAUCAAGAAAGACAGCAAGACUGAUGUUUAUCCCACAAUUGUACGAAACAUUCAGACCUGGAGGAUUUAUGAACCCAGAUGCAAAGAAAAGUGUGGAAGAGGACUUUGCCCACCUUAUCAGGAGGUAGUGGACUUAGUGAAUCUGGGAGAUGAAGAAAAUAAGAAAGAGGUUAGAAUGGGCACUUCACUUCCAUCUGGAGAUAGGCGACGGUUGGCAGACCUACUUCAAGAAUUUAUAGAUAUAUUCGCUUGGUCUUACCAGGAUAUGCCAGGACUGAGCACAGAGAUAGUGGAGCACAGAUUGCCCCUAAAGUCAGAAUGUAAGCCCGUUCAGCAGAAACUGAGACGGAUGAAGCCCGAAAUGCUGCUAAAGAUUAAAGAGGAGGUGAAGAAACAAUUUGAUGCAGGUUUUCUGCAAGUGGCCAAGUAUCCAGAAUGGGUAGCCAAUAUAGUCCCAGUUCCUAAGAAAGAUGGAAAAGUACGAAUGUGUGUAGACUAUCGGGAUUUGAAUAAGGCUAGCCCAAAGGAUAACUUUCCUUUACCUCAUAUCGACACACUGGUAGAUAACACAGCUAAGCAUUCGAUUUUCUCCUUUAUGGAUGGUUUCUCGGGGUAUAAUCAGAUAAAAAUGGCUGCAGAUGAUAUGGAAAAGACUACUUUUGUGAUCAUGUGGGGAACUUUCUGCUACAAAGUCAUGCCUUUUGGGUUAAAGAAUGCUGGGGCAACAUAUCAAAGGGCUAUGGUAACACUCUUUCAUGACAUGAUGCAUAAAGAGAUUGAGGUGUAUGUAGACGAUAUGAUUGCAAAGUCUUGUGAGGGUGAAGAUCAUGUUACUAGCCUCAGAAAGUUAUUUGAGAGGUUAAGGAAAUUUCAGCUCAAAUUAAACCCAGCCAAGUGCACCUUUGGGGUAAGGUCAGGGAAGUUGCUAGGCUUUGUGGUCAGUGAAAGAGGAAUCGAAGUCGAUCCCGAUAAGAUACGGGCCAUCCAAAAUAUGUCACCUCCUAGCACGCCAAAAGAAGUUCGAGGAUUUCUGGGGAGAUUGAACUAUAUUUCUCGGUUUAUCUCUCAGCUUACUUACAAAUGUGAUCCCAUAUUUAAGCUUCUCCGUAAGAAUAAUCCUGGGAAAUGGAACGAAGAAUGUCAAGAGGCAUUUGAUAAAAUUAAGCAGUAUUUAUCGAACCCUCCAAUAUUGGUGCCACCUGUUCCAGGAAGACCUUUAAUUCUGUACCUAACUGUAAAUGAAAAUUCAAUGGGAUGUGUGCUGGGGCAGCAAGAUGAAGCUAGCCGAAAGGAGAGAGCUACUUACUAUCUGAGUAAAAAGUUCACGGAAUAUGAAUCCAAGUAUUCUUCAUUGGAGAAAAUGUGUUGUGCAUUAGCGUGGACUGCCAAAAGACUCAGACAGUAUAUGCUUUAUCACACUACGUGGCUCAUAGCAAAAUUGGAUCCAAUUAAGUAUAUCUUCGAGAAGCCUUCUUUGUCAGGAAGAAUCGCUAGAUGGCAAGUAAUGCUCUCAGAAUAUGACAUUAUAUAUGUGAGCCAAAAAGCAAUAAAAGGAGGCGCUAUAGCAGAAUUUCUUGCAGAUCGUGCUACUGAAGAGUAUGAGCCGAUGAAGCUGGAAUUCCCUGACGAAGACUUAAUGACUAUUUCCCGACUGGAGGAAAGGGAGCAUAUGGAAAGAUGUUGGAGAAUGUACUUUGAUGGAGCUGCUAACGCCUUGGGGCAUGGAAUUGGGGCAAUUUUGAUUUCUCCAGAAGAACAAUACUAUCCUGUAACAGCGAGGUUAAAUUUUAAUUGCACAAAUAACAUCGCUGAGUAUGAGGCAUGUGUCAUGGGCCUGCAAGCUGCUAUAGAAAGAAGAGUGAAAGUACUGAAAGUAUUUGGAGACUCAGCUCUAGUCAUUUACCAGUUGAAAGGAGAAUGGGAGACGAGAGAUUCAAAACUCGUUCCGUAUCAUAAGUAUAUUCUAGAGCUGACAAAACAAUUUGAAGAUGUCCAGUUUGAUCACUUACCCCGGGAAGAGAAUGUGAUUGCUGAUGCAUUGGCUACUCUGGCUGCGAUGAUUCGAAUUAAUCAUAAUACGGACAUUCAGCCCAUCAAGUUAGAUGUUAAGAAUAUACCAGCGUAUUGUUCUAAUGUAGAGGGGGAAGGAGAUGGAAAACCCUGGUAUUAUGACAUCUUACAGUAUGUCAAGGAUCAGCAGUAUCCAGUUCAUGCAACAGAAAAUGAGCACUAUUAUCCCAUCACAGCUAGGUUAAAUUUCAAUUGCACAAACAAUGUGGCCGAAUACAAGACCUGUGUUAUAGGUUUGCAAGCAUUUGAGUAUCUGUCUAGAGAGAAAAACCAAAUUGCUGAUGCACUAGCCAUUCUAGUUGCAAUGAUCAAAAUAGAUGCAAAUACUGAGAUCCAAUCCAUCAUGCUGGAUGUGAAGGAAGUACCAGCACAUUACUUAGGUGUCGAAGAAAAAAUUGAUGGGAAACCAUGGUAUCAUGACAUUAUGCAAUAUAUUAAGGAUUAG